CGACUCAUCCUUUAAUGAUCCUUACCAUGAUAAACAAAACAAAAAUAAAAAGGAUCAAUUUCGUAAAAGCACAACACAAGAUGUAGAUGUUUUAGUAAAGAUGGUAACUAAUGCACAUAAUAAUAAUGGAAAUGUUGUAAAAUCUUUCGAGGAAAGGAUUGAGCGUGUUCUACAACAAGUUGAUCGAUAUGGUAAUGGCAUGGUGCCAAAUCUUGCAACUGUUUUACGUGAAGCAUCCGAACGUGAAGCAUCCGAACGAUCAUUUCAGCAAAAUUCAAUUAACAAUUCACAAAAAGAUGUACCAGUACUUAAUGAACGUUCUAAUAGUUUAUCAAGUAGUUGGUCUUUUCCAUCACCAACACGUUCUACCGCUACGCCCGAUUAUUUUAGUAAUGAUUUUGAUGAUGAAGACAACGAUUCAGUAUCAGAAUUAUAUUCUUCAAGAUUUAAAAAUUUACCAUCAUUAACAAUAGAAAGAUCACAAUCUCAAGAGUCUCUUUCUCGAACGCCCCAUAAAUCUAGACAAAGAUCAUUCUCUUCUGCAUCAAACAAUUCCAUAAACACUAACACUACCUUAGAUUCAAUAACACCAACAGGAAACCACCUUCCAUUACUUAGAAAAUCAUCUACUGCCUCUUCAUUUACAGACAGUGAUUGGAUAUUAACUGAUGACUUUGGCUUACAAGAAUUAUUAAUACUUGUUAGAUCCGGAGUAAAUAUGUUAGAAUUAAAAGAAAGGAGAAGAAGUGGAUGGCAAAUACAUGAGGAUCCUGAAAAAAUAUUAAGUACACUUAAACUCACGGAUAUUAGAAGUGAUAUUAAGAAC